CCGCGCCGCCCGCCGCCCGGGCCUUCGCCGGACUCCCACACGAGUGAUGUCCUGCAGCAGAUCAUGGCCAUCACUGACCAGAGCCUGGACGAGGCACAGGCCAGAAAACAUGCUCUGAAUUGCCAUCGGAUGAAACCUGCUCUCUUCAGUGUGUUCUGUGAGAUCAAGGAAAAGACAGUGUUGAGCAUUCGUGGCAUUCAGGAGGAGGGCCCCCCCGACGAUCAGCUCAUGAGGCUGGAUAGCAUGCUGCUGGCCGAGGGCGUGUGCAGGCUGGGGAAGCGAGGAAGAGGAGCAGCAGCAGCGGCGGCCAGCACAGCAACACCAGGUGGCUGUCCAAAUGACAAUGGCCUUGAGCACUCUGACUACAGGGCCAAGCUGUCCCAGAUCCGACAGAUUUACCACUCUGAGCUAGAGAAAUAUGAACAGGCCUGCCAGGAGUUCACCACGCAUGUCACCAACCUUCUCCGGGAGCAGAGCAGGAUCAGGCCCGUUUUGCCCAAGGAGAUCGAGCACAUGGUCGGGGUCAUCCAUGGCAAGUUCAGCAGCAUCCAGAUGCAGCUGAAGCAGAGCACCUGCGAGGCCGUGAUGACCCUGCGCUCCAGGCUCCUGGAUGCCAGGCGUAAGCGGCAGAAUUUCAGCAAGCAAGCCACGGAAGUGCUGAAUGAGUAUUUUUACUCCCAUUUGAGCAAUCCUUACCCCAGCGAAGAAGCAAAAGAGGAGCUGGCCAGGAAGGGUGGCAUCACGGUCUCCCAGGUCUCCAACUGGUUUGGCAACAAAAGAAUCCGAUAUAAAAAGAACAUGGGGAAGUUUCAAGAAGAGGCUACCAUUUACAUAGCUAAGACGGCAGUGGACAGCCCCGAAGUCAGGGGCCCGGGGAGCCAGGCCAGCUGCCCCUCGAUGCCCAGCUCCAGUGCCUCUGGUCCCUUUCCACUGACCAGCUCCAGGGGCGCACUUACCGCCCUGCAGACACUGGCCUCUCUCCGGCCCGCCCCUGGGGGAGGCGGCCUUCUGUCCCAGGCCAGGGGCGGCUGGCAGGGGAAGCGAAGGUCGACCACUUCACUUGUUGGAGACGCCGGCAGUGUCACCUCAGAUGCAUCUAAUUAAAUGUUGGGACAAGCAGAAAAGGGGACGGUGUGACCUGCCGUGGUUCUCUGUCCUUCAUGCUACCUCAGAAAACCCAGGACUGACUCCAGACGGUGCUCCCGGGCCAGUGGCAGGCGACAAUGAUGCCAUCUUCUGCUUGUCAGCUGGGAUUUGAAAUGGGCGGAGACACUGCUCCUUCUCCUAACUCCAUUUGGCUUUUUUUAAUACUAAUUUUAUGGUUAAGACUAUGAGUUGUUUCCUCUAGGACUUGGCACAAAUUCUGCCAUUAAAUUUUGGACUGAUUUUAAGUUUGAUGUCAUUCACACCUGGAUUUGUUCCUGGUGACAGCUGACCGCCAGGCGCAGGGCCUCAGCAGCGCAACUGUAAGAGUUGAGAUUUUGUUGGCUCACUUGUCCCUUCCUGCACCUCCCCACCCAGACGCUGCCUUCCCACACUCCCUCUGUUGUGUCAUUUCACAAGGUUGUGACCUGAGUCUGUGCUAAGCUCAGAAUUCUACUGGGAAUUGGUUUGCACCCCUCCCCUCCUUUUUUUCUGUUAAUACAAGUUCUACCAUUUUCAGCUGAAAUGUCAUUAAAGAGAAUAAACUUCGCAAGAC